CAUUUGUCUACUGUACAGAAGUCUACACUGACAGGUCUCGUCUGGCAGAUUCUUAACUUAAUACAAGAUUUUAAGUUUGAUGAAUCACAUUACACAUCAUAUGUAAUGGCAUGUUCAGAAAGUCACCUCCAGAUCAACAUUCCAGAAUUACGACAAAAGAUGACAGACUCAGGUUUUCUGUUUGGUAAGGGUUUUCUUCAAGCUGUACUUUCUUACCACUGUGCCAUGGAAGAAUUAAAUCAAGGAUGUGAAAUUCUUAAGGAAAUGAAAGAUUCUGACAUGACUGUUGAUGGCCGUUGUUUCAAACACUUGGUAACAGCUUAUGCAAAGACAAGGUCAGUUUCAGCAAAGGACAUGCUGGAUAUUAUGAGGGAAUACAACAUCAAGCAGGACAUUGAUACUUUCACUGCCAUUAUUUAUUUCCAUGCUACACGAGGGGACAUGGAUGCCAUCGAAAAGACGUUUGAACAAAUUGAAAAUGAGGACCCUAUAUCUGCUGAAGAUAAAACCAUUAUUACACUACAAAUCAUUUUACCAUUGCUGCAAUAUAAAUUCCAGAAACAAGCAAGUAAGACAAUAAACAGUAUAGGAGUUAUCAGACAUCCACCAUUUAGAUUGAAUGCUGCUGUUCACAAGUGUGCAAAUAGUCUUCUAAUGAGUGGUUAUGUGGAUGAGGCCUUUCUUGUGUUCUGCCUUCCUUUUAAGAGAGGACGUUCAUUCAUUCAAUGCUUCCAUAAUAGUGAAGCAUCUAAGAAACCAGAUGGUAUUGUUAGAGGUGUAGAAUUAUCCGUCAAGUUACUUACAGAAUCUCGUGUAGAUUUUAGGAAGUUGUUCAUGGACUCAUCAUCAGCUUCACUAGCAUUUCUUACAAGGUUGAUGAAGGAACUGAAACAAUUGAAUUAUGUUAAAGAUUCAGAAGAGUUGAAGAAGUCUGCUCUUGACAAUGUUCAUCAAUCCCCUUGGAAAAAUUUGGUGGUGGUGCUUGCUGACAUGGAUUUACCUACACUGAAAGCUAAGGCUGAUGAAGAGCUGAAAAGACAUGUACAUGAUCCUCAUUAUGGAACACACACAGAUUGUGUAAACAGAAUUCUGGAGAAAACUGUAUAUCAGGAGGAGGCAGCAGCUCUUGAUCUCUACAGAAACCUCUUGGCAGAAGAAAGUGAUGAUCCACGACUUCCAGCUGUUAAAUCAUUAGGUGCAGCAUAUGUACAUACAAUGUAUUUAAAACUCGGCAACUACCCACAGUCUCUACAUUACCUCAAGGAAAUGAUUUGUUUAAGUCCAAAGUACAUCGGUAACUUAGCUAAAGUAGUGUCAAAUGCUACUGUGAUGCUAAAGAAUGGAUAUAAAGAGGGAGUGAUGGAGAGCAUAGACUUUUGCCUGCAGCACAUGGAUAAGACGUCCGGUACAAUUAUUCUCCCCAAAGUACUACCAGAGGUAUUGAUGCAGUUACUCCCACCCUCACAAGCCUUUGCAUGUUUACAAAGAUUCAGAGUACAUAUUAGCCAGAGCGACGAUCAUCUUCUUAAAGCAGGCCUGAUGAAAUCCUAUAUGAUGGGGAAGGAUGUUGAUCUCCUGGCUACAGCUUACAUUGCCUAUCUGAACUACAACAGAAGAAGAGACUACCAGAUUUGUGUUGAUGUGAUAGUACAACUGAUUAAGGAGGACAGAGAAGACCUUGUUCAGAAAGGUUCUCCAUUUUCUACUUCCCUAAAAAAAAAUCCGACAUUCCUGAAAGUAGUCAUGGCUAGGAAUAGCAUUGUGAUACAGAGGUUACUACUGAACCUGUUUAGAAAGCCAAAGUUGAUUGACACUCUUCUUGAUACGCUGGUCAAGUCCGAUGAUAUAGAUGCCAUGGUAUCUUUUGAAAACAACUUGUCUGAAGCAAUACAAAAUUGCAAUCGCAUGAGAAAGGCAGAGUUAUUGUCUACAUUACUGGAAUUCUCUUCACAAAACCCCGACACAAGUCUAGGGAAGUGUAUGGAAUCCAUAACAGACAAGUUACCACAGUUGAGGAUGUAUAUGCAAUAA